AUGGACACGCCCUCGGAAACAUGGUGGCAGCAGUUUGCCGUUGAAGAGGGAUUGAUUCGAACAAUGACAUAUGUCUUCCUCUUCGACGUUGCCCUGACAAUCUUCCACAACUCGCCGCCCCGGAUGGUCGUUUCAGAGCUCAAGAUGGAAAUGGCCUGUCCCGAAGCCUGCUUUCAGGCCGAGUCAGCCGAGGAAUGUUUCCGGUUAUUGAAGGAGUGGGAGACCACGACCUUUUGGAAAAAGCGUCUCUCCAUUACCUCUGUUUUGAAGACUAUUUGCCAAACUGAGUUGACAAGCUCAGCUGUGGAUGAGUACUCGCGUAUGGGGAGUUUGAACUUGUUCACUGCUGUGCAGACCCUCCACUCCUUAACAUUCCACCUCCGCAACUCGAUCAUUUUCGAAUCAACCCUCCUUCCCUUAAAGACCGGACUAGAGAACUGGCGCCGGAUCUGGAACCAGCGCGAGGCAGAGGACAAGUAUGUCCCCGACACUCCGGACCAGAUUUGGAAGAAGGUCGGGUUUGUAAGCUAUUCGCCGGAGUUCUGGCAUCUGGCGAGGAUUAUCGUUGAGAGGAUCGAAGGGGAUAGCCAUGAUGAUGAAGAAGGUGAGGCAGAUGGUUCGAGUUAUGAAGACAAGAAGGUAGCGGCUGCGGGAAGGAGUCAGGUGCGAGAUAGGGAAAGGUAUGACCAUACGGAUAUGACGGAUGUGAAUGGGUUGAUCAUGGAGUAUCGGCGGUUGAGUUUGGGUGCAGUGUGA